GCAACAACAACAACAAAAACAACAACAAAAACAACAGAAGCAGUAUCCACCACAACAACAAUAUUGUCAACAUCAUCAUCAUCAUCAACAACGAUCCAACCAAGUAGAAAAACACCAGAUGACGGCCAAUUUACCACCCAGUAUCAAUUUACCACUAUCAAACAAUACAGGACAUGGAAAACUAUAUGUACGAGUGAAUGGAGUGCAUGAUGUCUUGUUACCUUUACCACGAGAACAGGCACAUGUGCGAUGUGUGAUAGGUGAUGGACGAUACGAAUACAUGUCACGAUAUGAAACGCUUGGACAUAACAUCACGUUUGGAUAUGAAUGCAUCAUCGAUAGCCACCCGGAUAUGAUUGUGACCUUAUCUCUUCAUGUACGACCGGAUUAUAUGUUGAAAAAGCCUCUAUCACGUCUUUUCACCACCCAUCGGAAACGGAAAGGAUCUCUUUCGGCCUAUGUGAGUAGUGAAGAUGGUGCUGUGGGACAAACUCGAUUCGCCAUUAGUGAUAUGUUGGCCGCCUGUCAUCGUCGAUCUGCAUCUGUCAGUUUCCAUUGUUUCAAUGCUUGGUAUGUUCAUUCUCGGGACAAAUCAUCAUCCUCUCGACAACAGGAAUUGGACCAAGGUGUACUUAAAGUAAUUGGGAAUUUUGAAGUGGAAUUAUUAUAUCUACCAGUAUCGAAUCCAUCUUUGCCGGUACCAAAGAAUCUUCGUGAAUGUGAUAUGGCCAUCAAAAUUCAACAAUGGAAUGAUACUUGUUUUGAUACUGAUCACUAUCCCAAGAAAAUCCAUCGACCUCAACCUCGUGUAGCUUGAAACCCCCUUUUUUUUUACUAAAUUCUGAUUUCAAUUGACCUUAAACUAGUUAGAAUUCUCUUUUUUUUUUAUUAUUAUUAUUAUGUCCCUUUUUUUAUUAUUAUUAUUAUUAUUAUUUGACUUUUAUACCAUUC